ACCCAGCUCGCCAUGGACAACUCCGGCAAAGAGAAGGAGGCCAUGCAGCUGAUGGCUGAAGCCGACAAAAAGGUCAAAGCGUCCGGAUCCUUCCUGGGAGGGAUGUUCGGGGGAAACCAUAAGGUGGAGGAUGCCUGUGAAAUGUACGCCAGAGCAGCCAACAUGUUUAAGAUGGCAAAGAACUGGAGUGCUGCGGGGAAUGCAUUCUGCCAGGCCGCUCGGCUCCACAUGCAGCUUCAGAACAAACUGGACUCUGCCACCAGCUUCGUCGAUGCCGGCAACGCGUACAAGAAGGCCGACCCACAGGAGGCCAUCAACUGUCUAAACCAGGCCAUUGACAUCUACACCGACAUGGGUCGUUUUACCAUUGCAGCUAAACAUCACAUCACUAUAGCGGAGAUUUAUGAAUCAGAGCUGGUUGAUAUUGAGAAGGCCAUUGCCCACUAUGAGCAGGCAGCAGAUUACUACAAGGGAGAAGAAUCUAACAGCUCAGCCAACAAAUGUCUUCUGAAGGUCGGACACUACAGCGCUCAGCUGGAGCAGUACCAGAAAGCUAUUGAAAUCUAUGAACAGGUUGCUAUGAGCACCAUGGACAACCCUUUGUUGAAGUACAACGCUAAAGAGUAUUUCUUCAAGGCGUCACUGUGUCACUUCAUAGUGGACGAACUGAACGCUAAGUUGGCCAUUGAGAAGUAUGAGGAGAUGUUUCCGGCCUUCUCAGACUCAAGAGAGCUCAAACUGUUAAAGAAACUCCUAGAAGCUCAUGAGGAGCAGAACAGUGAGGCGUUCACGGAGGCCGUCAAGGAGUUCGACUCUGUGUCUCGUCUGGACCAGUGGUUGACCACGAUGCUGCUCCGCAUCAAAAAGACCAUCCAGGGAGACGCUGGGGACCUGAAAUAG